GGAAGCUUAUCGAUCAGUUCCUUUGAUUAUUAUCAUUUGUCUGUAGCCAUGUGUGUCUAACUGACUGAAAAUCAAGCUAUGCCUUGAUAGAAGAAUUGAACCUUCUGUAUCUCAUAACCAAACAUUAAUUUUGAAAAUGUCAGCUUCGGGAAGAAAAGAAUUUGAUGUAAAACACAUCCUGCGCUUGCGAUGGAAACUUUUCAGCCAUCCAUCGCAAACCUCAGCCAGUAGCUGCCUUCCUCAGGACAGUUUUGAGCACUGGGGGCCAAGCCAGACUCGACAAAAGAGCCAUGGUCGUGAGAGAAGUGUUUUUCGGAAAAAGUCUGGUGAUGUAAAUGGUUCGCUGUUUUCCUCUCCCAGAAAUGGUAGACAUGGGAAUGGUGAUAAUGAACAGCAUCAGACUACAUUUUAUGUGGAAGCAGUUGGGGAGAUGUCCAGAAUGGAAUUUACACAGGAGGUCAAGCCCUUUGUACAAGAAGUCAAAGAGGAAGAAGCUGACUCAGACUGUGGUGAAGGGACUGGAGAGGGUUGUGGGCAAAGAUUGUCUGUGGCCAGUUGGCCCUUGACACCCCAAACUGAUAUCGACUCUGGCAAUCCCGAGGAGUUUUUCCAAUCUGUGCAGCAUGCUGAGCAAACUUUCAGAAAGAUGGAGACCUACUUAAAGCAGCAGCAGCUGUGUGAUGUGAUUCUGAUUGCUGGAAAUCGUAAAAUACCGGCUCAUAGACUCGUUCUAAGUGCUGUGUCAGACUAUUUUGCUGCCAUGUUCACAAAUGACGUGUGUGAAGCCAAACAAGAAGAAAUCAAAAUGGAGGGGAUUGACCCUAAUGCACUCUGGGAUUUGGUGCAGUUUGCAUACACAGGUUGUCUGGAACUGAAAGAAGAAACUAUUGAGAAUCUGUUGGCAGCGGCAUGCCUGCUCCAGCUCUCAAAGGUAGUUGAUGUUUGCUGUCGCUUCCUAAUUAAACUUCUGCAUCCGUCAAACUGCCUUGGAAUUCAUGCAUUUGCUGAUGCUCAGGGCUGUACUGAACUCAUGAAGGUGGCUCAUAACUACAGCAUGGAAAACAUCAUGGAGGUUAUAAGAAACCAGGAAUUCCUACUGCUUUCUGCAGAUGAAAUUCUUAAACUUCUUUCCUGCGAUGAUGUCAAUGUUCCUGAUGAGGAGUCAAUAUUCCAUGCCCUUCUGAUGUGGGUGGAACAUGAUGUGCAAAGGUGUAAAGACCUUAGCAUGCUGCUUGCCUACAUCAGGCUGCCACUUCUUCCGGCUCAGCUUCUGGCAGAUCUGGAGAAUAAUAUUCUCUUCAAAGAUGACCUGGAAUGUCAAAAGCUUAUCUUGGAAGCAAUGAAAUAUCAUCUCCUGCCUGAAAGAAGACUUCUAAUGCAAAGUCCACGGACCAAACCAAGGAAGUCUACAGUUGGAGCACUGUAUGCAGUAGGAGGGAUGGACAACAACAAAGGUGCAUCAACCAUCGAAAAAUAUGAUCUGAGAACAAAUUCUUGGACACAGGCUGGGAUGAUGAAUGGCAGGAGGCUGCAGUUUGGAGUAGCUGUCAUUGAGGAAAAUCUGUAUGUUAUUGGAGGGAGAGAUGGCUUGAAGACUUUAAACACUGUUGAAUGUUACAAUCUGAAAUCAAAGAAUUGGACCAUUGUAUCCCCCAUGUCAACUCAGAGACAUGGACUUGGAGUAACACUGUUAGAAGGUCCUAUUUAUGCUGUUGGAGGCCAUGAUGGCUGGAGUUACCUGAACACAGUGGAGAGAUGGGAUCCACAAAGUCAGCAGUGGACAUUUGUUGCAAGUAUGUCUACUGCCAGGAGCACGGCUGGAGUGGCAGCUUUAAAUGGAAAGCUGUGUGUGGUUGGUGGCCGUGAUGGAAGUUCCUGCCUCAGUUCAAUGGAGUGCUAUGACCCUCACACUAAUAAAUGGAGUAUGUGUUCACCGAUGUCCAAGAGAAGAGGAGGUGUAGGAGUCGCAGCAUGUGAUGGUUUUCUAUAUGUGGUCGGGGGGCAUGAUGCUCCAGCUUCCAAUCAUUGCUCACGGCUUUCAGACUGCGUGGAGAGAUAUGACCCAAAAACAGACACAUGGACAGUUGUUGCACCACUAAACUUGCCUCGAGAUGCCGUCGGAGUAUGCCUUCUUGGAGAUAAGUUAUAUGCAGUUGGUGGAUAUGAUGGACAAACAUAUUUGGACACAGUGGAAUCAUAUGAUCCUGAGACAAAUGAAUGGACAAAGAUGUCAUCACUGAACAUUGGAAGAGCUGGCGCAUGUGUCAUUGUUAUCAAGCAGCCUUAACAGUCUCAUUAUCAGAUGGCUAUACAGAAUAUACAAUGUGAAUUACCCAGAAUACUCAGCCAGGAGUAGGGGGGUUGA